UGUGUGAAAAAUCAUUUGAGCCUCGACCAAGAGCCUUUGCUUUACAAUGCUUGACUUCAUUGGUGCCAUAUUGUGAGGCCGCCGCUCAGAAUUAUAACAAGCAUCUUAUCAGUCUCAUGAAUGAAAAUAUAUGCAAGGCAGCGCUCGCUGAAUUGAUCGGUGCAAUAUGUGCACACCAUCCGGAUGAAGUAAAAUCAAAUAUAGCUACAAUAUGGAGGGUUUAUCUAAAUCUACUCGAUUCUAAACAUUCGGAUACUGUGGUGAGAUCGUUACUCUUGGGUGUGUCAGGAGUGCUGAAGUCCUUUGGGAAUGACCUGGAUAUUAAAGAGUUCCCGGUCUUUUACAAGCAUUUAAUAGAAUCAGGCGAAAAAUCUAAAUGUAGAGAAGUGUACCUCACAAUAUUGGCAAAGCACGCUGAUCUCUUUCGAGAGCUUCUAGCUAAUGAUCCUAGAACAAGGAUGUCAUUAUGGCACUCUUAUCCAGCUUCUGACACUCAGGGUGUCAACCGACAGGCCAUACUGUCAGUGUAUAAUGCCAUAAAGCAGGUUUUCACAGAAAAUCAAUGUCGAUAUGAAGAGAUAGUUAAGACAGAAAUAUGUCAGUUUGAGAAGUGUAACAAUACGGAGUUGAAGUAUACAGCAUUACGCGUGUUAUACGCGUUGGAUACGCGUAAUGCACGCGUAUAUUGCGAUAUGCGAGCGUUACAUGCGCUGCGACAUGGACGUCUCACAUAUGAACAUUGUGAAAUGAUCCAAUGGUGUUUGGAAUAUAAUCUAGAAAAUGAUGUAAAAUUACUGAAGAAUGUUUUGGUAUUUUAUGAACAUAUACCUGUUAAGUAUCAGAAAGAACUUACCGUAGAUAUUAUACUGAGAGCGCCACCUAGUGUUAGAAAAAUGGCAGUAAUAUUUCUUACAAAUGAAACAUGUCAAUGUUACAAAGAAAAUGGUAAUAUUGAGAAAUAUCAACAAAUAUGGAAGUCAAUCUUUGACACCAAUUCUGAUGACAUCAAGAACAAAUCCAAUGAAGUUUUCCUUGACUUUAUGGAAUAUUUAUAUCAAUCUUUGAUGGAAAAUGAUGAAAAAAAUACAGAGGAAUUGUCAGACAAAUUGUCAUAUUUGAUCAUCAUCAGCUCAUUUAUAAUACCAUUAGGGGGUGAAGUGGUGGGUGAGAGGGUGUGUGACGUCAGUCGGGGGGUGUUGAGGCUGUUGGGGGGUGUUGGGGGUUUGGGGGGUUCAGGUCUUCGCGCUGCUAGGAUGUUGCUGCGGUAUGCUGUUGAUGUAUACGCGGAUAUAGUGAAGGAUAUUUCUUUAGAGGAUUGUAUUGAUGAGUCAACAUUAUAUGAGACAUGUUUAGGAUUGGUUCUCACUGCGGCAAGAAUUACAGAUGUAACAAGAGUUCUGCAAGCAUUAAAGAUUAUUUUGUUUCGGUCUGAUGUUGAAGCGUCCAUUUUGUCUCGUUGUAUCAAUACUUUGGAUAAUCUUAUGUCAACAAGAAAAGAUGAAUUAAAUGCAGACUUAUUAAAUAAAAUAAUAUAUAGAUUGGAGAAAAUACAACAUUUUGUAUACAAAGGGAAAGAUGGCAGAUGUUUGAGAAGGGAAUUGUUUAUGUUUUUAGGCAAAUACGGUAGAAAUAUGAAUAAAGAUGAAGAUUCUUUAGAAUGUAUACAUUUGGAGAAAUACAUGAAUUUAGGAAUUCCUUUCAUCAACGAGGGAAUUAUUAUAAAGCUAAAUUUAAACCAAAUGCAUAGUUUAGCGUUAAGAUAUGAAGAUACGAAGAUGUUACAAGUUUUACAUGAAUUACUUUACGCCAAUUUAUGGGAUCGCGUUCCUCAUGAGAACGUACGUAGAGCACUUUGUUAUAGUGCGUGCGUGUUACGUGUGCGCCCGCAGCUGCGCACGCGCAUACUUACAGUGUGCGGGGACAUCGCGUUAGAUGUCCUGCUGCAAUUUGUGGACACUGAAAGCAGUGAAAUCCGAACCUCAGUGUGCGAUAUACUGAGACAGGUCUCACAGCAUGACAAGUUGGCACAUACUGUGUUAUACAACUCCACAUUGUGUUCUAAAAAUAAAGCAGCAUUUUUAGAUAUAUCAGAAAUUAUAGUAAACAUAAUGAAAGACGAUAAUGCCUUAGCACAGAAAUAUCUUCCAAAACUUAUACAAAAAAUAGCUAAAAUUGAUUUAAAACAAUCCAAUAUAAUCUAUAAGAACGCAAUGGAUUUGUUCAAAGACAAAAUAGAAUUGUUUAGAAAUGUCCUAACUAAUUUUGAAUUGGAACUUCUUAACGUUAUUCUAUUAAAACAAAAUGGCAACCACGUAAACAAAAUGGCGGAUGUACGCGUGAUAAAGAACAAAAUGAAAUUGACAUUAGAUUUUAUAAAACAAAUAUAUGGUACGGACAAAGAUUGGUAUAAUAUGAUUGAAAAUAUUAUUGAGAAACAAAAUGGCGACAUUUCCCGCCUUUUUAUUAUUUUAUCAUUUGCAAAAGAUGUCUUUGAUUUGGAUGAGAAUUUGUGCCAUAGAUUAUUAGAAGAUAAUUUUGUUUGUGAAAAAUUGUUUACGGUUGAAGAGGACUUGGAUUUUUUAUAUUUAGAGGGUAUUUUGAAUUUUUUCACUCAAUAUGCUGAUGUUCUUGUGAAAUUACAUCUUGAGUUGUGGCCGGAAUUCGAGAAAGUAUCGACUUUCGAACAACAGCAUUCUUUACUUCUGGAAGUUUCAUAUUUAUCAAAAAAAUUGCCACCGGAAUCGAAUCCAAUGCAAUGGAUCAUUAGGACAAUAACAUCUGACAUAUCUACUUGCGAUAUGAAAGCUAAACUCAUAGGAUUACUACCGUCUGGAGACUCAUACAAGUCUACUUGGAGGUGGUAUGCCGGUCUACUGCCCGCACGUCUUUCGGAAGCUCAAGGUGAGAGCGGUGUACUGCUUGCAGCUUUAUUGGAAGCGCUGAUUACUGCUGACUCCAGCCUACUGAAGACUAUCAGCCAGUUGAUAGCAGGUGAUACGGCUACAGGUUGGUGGGACGAUGCCAUAGAUGCGUGUGUGGUGUCAUUAUCUAAGAGUAAUGACAUAUCAGUGUAUGAGACACUUUAUUCUUGCUGCUGGGAAGGACUUAGUUUAGGAGUCUGUUGCAGACUUAUGGUGCCAUUACUAAGAAAUUCAUCAGCAGCUGUUUGUGAAGAAUUCUUCUCUUUAAAGCUAAAAGACCUUCUUUCAAUUUUAAAGAAGAAAUCGUCAUCUUCUAAUCAAUCUUUUAGAUAUCAAAUGACGGUAGUUAAUUAUAUACGAGCUCUUAUUUUACUAAGAGUGUGUAUUGAAAUGGUCCCUCGUUUACGUAUAGAAUCACCUAAUUCAUUAUUGUACAGUCAGAUGUCAAAUGAAGUUGGUACAAAUGUCUUCUAUUUGACGAAAACAUUGUCAAUGUUGUGCGUAGACCUUGUCAAGAAUAGACCUGUCACCUGUCCGGAUGACGCUGAUGACAGCUUUAAGAAGAUCUGCUUGUUGUUUUACUGCGAGAAUUACAAUAGCUUGGCUUCAGCGGUGUGGUGCCGUCAACCUUCGGACCCUAAGUUCUAUGAUCUGGUCUUCAAUAAGGAAACCUGGUGCAGGAUUAUAGAUCCACAGAUGGAGUACCAAUUACCUUUAGUUGAGUCAUGGCAAAAGCAUACAAUGCACCAAUUUGCUGGCGUUGAAUUGGAAGAUAGCAGUUGUCUGUUAAGUUCUACAUCAACAACAAGAACAAGGACGUAUCUCCGCACGCUGUCUGAGAACCCUGAGGAGUUUGAUGUGGGUAUGCUACAGGAUGACCAGGAAUACCAUCAAGAGCUUUGUAUAUCAGAGAAUAUGUUAAACCAGCAUCCUUGUGCUGGAAUACUGACAAUGUCUGUCAGUCGCGCGACAUCUCUGUCACAUAUGACAUGGCUAAAUACAAUAAUAAAUACAUUGACAACAGACAUACAUAGAAAUAGCAAGUGGUUACUAGCACAGGCAAUAUACAACUGUAAGGAGGAUUUGAAAGGCAACGCUAGCAUUUUACGCCCCGCUUUGCUUGCGAUGUUGGUACAAACUUCUGAUCAAGAACUAAACAGUUUGCAUAUAGAUAUUAUAGACAUGAUUAUAUACUGGGGACAUAAAGACGAUGUAAAACCAGAUGAGAAAUUAAACCUCAAUAAAGUAUUAGAGAUAUUAAUUAAAACUGUUGUACAGAAUAGAAGAAGAAAGAAGAUUGUAUACAAUUUGAUACAGAAGAUGGAUCAAAUAUUGGAUAUGUUUGAACAUUUAGAAAUUCAAUGGACAUGUUUGAGUGAAUGUGUUUAUGGUAAUCUAAUAAAUAUUAUCUGUGGUCACUUAUUAGUCGUAAUUCAACAAUAAUUUAUUAAAUCAACGUUUUUUUUUUUAUAAAAUAAGAGAA